UGCUAUCACCACUAGUGGUAACAACAGAUUGAUGACAACAUCAGUAUCUCUGACAAUUUUUGUAUCAGUAACUUCAAGUAGUGUAGAACCAUCAACAACACCAUCAAGUAGUGGAUCUAUGAAUUCUAGCUUAUUGUUUUCAAUUUUUGGUUCUAUUGGUGCAAUUUUAAUUACAUGUAUCAUAGCAAUCAUUGUAAUUCUGGUCUGUAUUAUGUAUAAAAGGAAACAUAAAAGUAAGUAUGAAUAUAUUGUGCAUAUUUCUUGCAUUAUUAAUAUACUGUAGGCGUAAAGAAAGAAGAAAAGUGGUGAAUUGAAUGUUAUUUAUAUAUUUAGUUAUCAUAAAUAAUUAUUGUAGGAAUACUGAAAAGUACACAGAAGUUGAGUUGAGGAACACUAACAAUCAUGAACUACAACCAACUGGAUUGGAGUCAUAUGUUGUGCCAACUGCUGGAGGACAGUCUAUUGAAAGUCAGUACAGUGUCAUUAGGAAAGGUGAUAUGAUGGAAUAUGAAGAAGUACCUCCACCAAUACCUCCUCAAUACAAUUACAAUGAAAUAAAUGAUGAACAGAAUGGACAAUGUCCCAUGUACUCUACAGUCAAUAAAAAUCAAAUUAAUGAUGACAGAUCACGACAAGGUCCUGUUUAUUCCUCAGUCAAUAAAAAUCAAGUGCCAGUUGAAUCAGCUAAUAAGGUCCUGCUUUAUGCUGAUGUAAUGAUAGUCCCUAAGGACAGUAGACCACAGUGUCCACCCACUAGUGUCCAACCAGUGACAUAUGCAGUGAUAUAACAUUAAAUUUCUCUCUGUUACAUUUGCUCUGACAUAAACUUUUUUGUAAUAAUGUAUUUUUAAUUAUUUUUAAACUUACUGUGUAGCAUGUGUGAGUGUGCAUUAACAUCCAUUAAACCAUUAAUUCUUUGAUAUAUAUCACUAUG